AUGACCAUCCUUUCCGUCUACGACAAAACCGGUCUUCUUGACCUGGCCAAGGGACUUCAUGAAUGUGGUGUCCGCCUGCUUGCCUCUGGUGGUACGGCGAAGAUGAUUCGUCAGGCCAAUUUCCCGGUCGAAGAUGUCUCUGCCAUCACCAAGGCGCCUGAGAUGCUGGGUGGGCGUGUCAAGACGCUCCACCCUGCUGUGCACGGAGGUAUCCUCGCGCGCAACCUCGAUUCCGACGAUUCCGACCUCUCCGCAAAUAGCAUUGACAAGAUUGACUUUGUCGUAUGUAACCUAUACCCCUUUUCCGAGACGGUCGCGCGCAUCAACGUCACAAUCGAAGAGGCCGUAGAGGAAAUUGACAUUGGAGGCGUCACCCUGCUGAGGGCCGCUGCAAAGAACCACGCACGCGUGACCAUCAUCAGCGACCCCAACGACUACCAUGACCUCCUAACGGAGCUCAAGAAAGAUGGCGACGUCUCUGAAAACAGCAGGCAGCGCUAUGCUCUCAAGGCCUUCGAGCAAACCUCCUCAUACGACACCGCAAUCUCCGAGUUCUUCAGGAAGAAGUAUGCGGGCGAUGGCGACCAGUUCCUCACUCUCCGAUAUGGCGCAAACCCCCACCAGAAGCCCGCGACAGUUUCAAUGCCGGAGAAGUCGUUGCCUUUCAAGGUACUCUGUGGCGCGCCAGGAUACAUCAACUUGCUAGACGCGCUCAACGCGUGGCCUCUUGUCCAGGAGCUGACCAAGGCACUGAACUACCCAGCUGCUGCCAGCUUCAAGCACGUUUCGCCCGCUGGCGCUGCCAUCGGUGUCCCACUAAGCGAUGUGGAGCGCAAGGUCUACAUGGUCGACGACAUUGAGGGCAUCGAGACCUCGGGACUUGCGCAAGCAUAUGCGAGGGCCCGUGGUGCCGACAGGAUGUCCAGUUUCGGCGACAUGAUCGCUCUGUCUGCCGAGGUUGAUGUUCCUACCGCAAAGAUCAUUAGCCGUGAGGUCUCCGACGGUGUCAUCGCCCCCGGAUACAGCGCGGAAGCCUUGGAGAUUCUCAAGAAGAAGAAGGGUGGAAAGUACCUAGUCCUCCAGAUGGACCCUGAAUACGUCCCAAGCCCAGAUGAGACCAGGACAGUGUUCGGCAUCACGCUGAAGCAACACCGCAACGAUGCCAAGAUUGUCCCCUCGGACACAUUCAACACCGUCAUCGUCCCUAAGAACUCUGGCGCCCUACCAGAGUCAGCCCAGCGCGACUUGACCGUGGCCACUAUCGCACUCAAAUACACCCAGUCAAACAGUGUCUGCUAUGCGCUAAAUGGCCAGAUUAUCGGUCUUGGUGCUGGUCAACAAUCGCGCAUUCACUGCACUCGGCUCGCUGGUGACAAGGCUGACAACUGGUGGAUGCGUUUCCACCCCAAGACGCUGAACCUUCAGUUCAAGAAGGGCACUAAGCGGCCCUCAAAAUCCAACGCUAUCGAUCUCCUAUGCUCUGGUCUCGUACCCGAAUCAGGCAUCGAGCGUGACGACUUUGAGGCUCAUUUCGAGGAGGGUCAGGUGCCUCAGCCGUUCACCGCGGAUGAGCGCAAGGAGUGGCUCUCGAAGAUGGAGAGCGUUGCUGUCAGCUCUGAUGCCUUCUUCCCCUUCAUUGACAAUGUCUUCAGGGCACACCGGAGUGGUGCCAAAUACAUUGCCGCGCCGACCGGAAGCCAGAACGAUGGCGCAGUGUUCGAGACAAGUGAGAAGUUAGGAAUCACCUUUGUUGAGCAGCACAUCCGGUUGUUCCACCACUAGGUGAAGGCUCAGGGGCGCAUGAUAACGAUUUUGCAUGCGAGAUGACUUGAAUGACUGGGGUUCUCAUAGGUAGAAAAAAGAUACCUCCAAAAUGGUUUUUCUACAUGCCAA